GAUACAACACUGUUGGUGUUGUUUAGUUCAUCACUGAUUUCAUUGUUAAAUCAUUUUGCAAUGUAAUUGCAUGCUGAAAUAGAUAGACAAUAACUCAUAAAUGUUUAUUGUACCAAAAUGGAGACUUUUGACACUCUGAAUUCAUCAUAGUGGUUCUGGAACACCAUUGGAAUAAUCCUCUUAUGUGUAAAUGGAAUUGAUGACAGAUGCCCAGUCACGACCAUGGACAAAAAACGAAGAAACUAUAAGCUGAUUGUUGACCCUUUUUUGCAUAGGGGUCAGCAGCAGAAAGUUUAUAGAUUUGAUGGUAUAAAUCCAGUGGAUAAUCAGCUUGUUGAAGUAAAAGAUCCAAGACCUCGGAUUCAGAGGAGCUGGUUUCGAAGACAACCAGCAGACCUCCCAAUUCCUAGAUUUAAGUAUGAUUGCUAUUAUGUGGGAACUCCUCCUGCCAAAGAAGUAACGUUCAGCAAUCUGAAUGACAAUGUCAAUAAAGACUUCCUGGAAAACAUGUGCAAGUCUUUUGGCAAGGUGGAGGAGUGUAAGAUUUACUACAACCCAAAAACCAAGAAACACAUGGGUGUGGGAAAGGUUGUAUUUACCUCUUCAAAAGCUGCCAAAUCAUGUGCGGAGAAGUUAAACCAAACUUCCAAAAUGGGAAAUAUAAUGACGGUGGUCAUAGAUACUAUGGGGAAAGAAAGAGCCAAGAUGAUUGAGGAUAUGUUAAAUGAGAGACGCGUGCAUCAUUUGCAGAAAUCCUCUAGUCAGGAAACUGGAGUACAGAAUGCGAAGAACAGUUUGAGGCGGGAAGCCUACGACCCUGGAGACAAUGAAUUUGAUUUUGGACGACGCACCUCAAGUUUCGAUUUCACGCCUCGAUCUGAGAGUGGUUACUCAGGCUCAAUAUCGGAAAGUGGAUACUCUGGCCCAACUCCUUCCUCUGUUCAUUCUGAUCAUGGCCACUCUGGUGGAAAAUCAUCCGGACAUUAUCCAGACUCGUUUAAGCAUACACCAUAUUCUGCUGGAAAUCGGUUCGAGCCCGAUUACAACUCGCACCAAUCAGUUUCUCAGGACUUUAACUAUGGAAUGAAUAAUUUCGGGAACCAACAUAACACUACUGGACCUACUUACGAUGAUAGUGGUUUUACGCAGAUGAAUCCUCCAAAGUUUGAUCCAACCCGUCCACCGCCUAACCAUCCCGACUUCCACCGUAAAGAACACGAACAUCAGGAUAAAUUCUUCAAAGAUGGAGAUUUGUCCAAGCAGGAGAAUUCAAGAUCUUUCAGUUCAAAUGAAUAUAAGGACAGAGGGUGGCAUAAUGAUAAGCAUCAUUGGAUAAGUAAUCGACCAAAAGAUAAAGGGAAAGAUCAUGGUUGGGAUAGGGGCCAUGAUAAAGACAGAGGUAGGGAUAGAUAUAAUAAUAAUAGAGACAGUGGUCGGGAAACAAAUCAUGGCAGAAACUAUGAUAGGGGUCAUGAUUAUGUUCGGGAUAAUGGUUUGCGUGAUAGAGAGUACAGCGGGGAUUGGGAAAAGGAAAAACCGAAGGUCAGAAAUAAAGUAGCCAAGCCAAAGAUACCUGUAGAAGAACCAGAUGACGAACCUCGGUCUCUGAGCCUUGAGUCCCGAAUUCAGUCUCUUCUCACCGGAAACGACCCUGAUGCAGAACUCGAUUCUCAGACCCCAAAACCAUCCGAAGAACCUUCCCUUCUUCCUCCCAGUUCAAACACCUGGGACAGGUCUCCUCAAGUUCCUUCGAAGCAGGUUCCUCAGACCCCAACGUCUUAUGAUCUUGACAAGAAUUCACCUUCUUGGAGAGCUUCUUCCAGUCAUCUAGUUCAUCAGACGCCCAUUGAAUCACCAUGGCCACAGACUCCUAUGGUGCCUGAGUCGCCAUGGCCAUCUCAAACACCCAGUGUUCAGACCCCCACACAAGCACCUGCUGAUGAGUGGAAUAAUGUUGAUAAGCAGAGCUUUGGUUAUGACAGUAAAUUCAAGUCGGCCCCGCCAGUAUACAAUCCACAAGAAGACCUGAAGCAGAGUAUGUCUAAAACUAAUGUUCAGCCCGAAACGAACAAUGUCCCAGCUGCCACCGCUGUUGAUGACGACGACGAUGAUAAAAUGUCAAUAUCGUCAAUCAGUAGCGGCGAUGAAAAACUGGAAGUUAAUUCGCAGAUUCCAACAAAGACUAGCCAACCGUCAUCACUUACAAACUCUUUUCAACAGUCACUGUCUAUGUUUAAUCAAGGGCCUAUUGUUAACCCAUGGCAAAGUGGAUUUGUAAAUCAGGGCGCCUAUCCACCAACUUACAACAAUUUCGUUGGCCUUAAUCCAUUUAAUCAAACCUUUUGCAAUCAGUACCAAAAUGAUAUGGUCAAUGCACAGAUGGUUAAUGCCUAUGGUAAUCAAAUGGGUUUUAAGGAAGAGGAAAAAGUGCCGGAAAUUGAUGACAAAUUGUUUAAUUCCUCAUUGAAUAACUUUGUGAAAGAUUUGAAAGAAAUCUUACAGAGAGAUUUGUGCAAAAAGAUGGUGGAAAGUUCAGCAUUCAAAUCGUUUGAAAAGUGGUGGGAUAGGGAAGAGGAAAAAAGAAAGCCACCAAAGUUACUUGGAUCUCAAGACAAAUCUGAAAAGUGUGUCCCAAGUAAACCUGCACCAACCAGUCAGCCGCAGUCUGCCAUGAGUUCCACGAUAGCGUCGCUUUUUGAGAGCCGCCACCCAUGGAGUCGUGAAGGUGGUUUGGAGAGUGGAUUGGGCUUCGGACAAGGUUUCGGGGUUGGAGGACUCUUAGGUCUCCGAGGCGGAAUGCCCAAGAUGCCAUCAUUUAAGAAAAAGAUGCGUGCCCCAACUCCACCUCAGGAAGAAGAGGGAGAAUCCCAGAGUAGCAAAUCCAAGGUGAUAGAUGAAGAAGCAGAAUCAGAUCAUGAGAGUCCCCGCUUGCCCCGCAACAGAAAGCCGGUGGUGAGUGAAAGUGAAGAGGAAUCUGAAGAAGAGGAAGAAAAGGCUCAAUCAGAUGAUGAAGAUGAAAAUGAGGACAGUAGUGAGGAUGAGGAAGAAGAAGAGAGUGAUGAUGAAAGUGACGAGUCGUCAUCCGACGACGAAGAGGAAGAUGAGGUUGAUGAAGAUGAACUGGAAGCACUGCAGAAAGAUAUUGAUGAGGAAGCUGAAGUUGAUGAAAGUAAAUCGAAAGUUAAAGCUGAAAUAGAGGAAAGCGAUGCAGACAUUGCCAAAAGAAAGGAAGAUGCCAAGCCAUUGUCUCCCAUCACGGAGGAAGCGAUGGAGGAUGAGAAUGAAGAGGUUGAUAUUGAAACUGACGAAACUCAGGACACGAGUGUUGCAGAGGUCAAGAGCGACUCGGAGAUAACAUGUCUUGAUAAAGACACCGAAGCAGAACUGAAGGAAGAGUCGGAAACAGCAAAUUCUUCUGAGACUUCGGAUUCUCAGUCUCCCACAAAGGAGAAAAAGAAAAAGAUUCUGCCGUCUUCUAUGGCACCCGAACUUGUGGAUCUUAUUCGAAAAACAAUAAAGGAUAAGAAAAUAUUACGUGAGGUUAAGACUUCAGAAAGUGAGGUUUCUGAGGAUCAUGUUCCCCCUCCAGUUGGCAACGAAGAAGAACUCUCAUUGCAAAAAGACGAUGAAAGAAAACCAUAUGUGAAUCCAGCAAUAGCGGAACAUGAUUAUUUUGCCGUUCCACCCGUUCUGGACAAAAGUGCUGGGGACUCUGAUGCCACUGCCUCGGCAGAUGAGGAGUCAGGUGGCAUGCCGCACGAAAUCUGGAUGGACCAUAAUUACUGUAUGCCACGUGCUAAAUUCGAACUUUCUGAAAGUGAAUUGCAAGAUAGUGCUAAGAAAGGUGUAAUAAGGACUAACAAAGCAAAGCAUCGUGAAAGUACGGAGUCAGGAAUGUCUGAUUCUGCUACAAGCACAAAAGACAAAGUUAAGGAAAAACCCAAAAGAAAGUACACCAAACGGAAAAAUAAGGAAGAAACGUUAACGGACAUUACGCACACGUUAAAUAGGUCAACAGAACGUGGCAGUCGUGAAUUAGCUAAUUUAUUACCACCACCUAAACCUAAAGUUAACUUUAGUCCAAGGUCAUUCCAAGAGGAAAGACAGACAUUUUUUGGAAUGUACCAUAAUGGUAUUGAUAAUGAAGAUGUUGGUUAUUUAAAACGGACUUACGAUGAACUGAUGCAGUCAGAUGAUCCAAUGUUUUAUUGGCUGAAUGACAUUUUGUGGGUGGACCAUCCGGUCACGAAUAUUCCAGAUCCAGCUCCAUCUCGGAAAAGGAGAAAAGUGGAAGAUUUGCAAUACAAGACGCACAAAACAGGUUGUUCAAGAACUGAAGGUUACUAUAAACUCACCAUGCAAGAGAAGGCAGCUUACUUGUUGCAUGCACGCAAUGUUACACUUCAGCAAAAAGUCAUCGAAAGCAUCAAUAAAACAAUCGCUGAGCAAGCAAAGAAAAAUGUUGUAUCAUCUCGAGAUGCGAGGAAUGAGAACAGAAGGUUGCAGACGGCUCUCUCAGACCUGCCCGAGAUUGGAGAAUUACUCAAAUUUAAUCAACUCAAGUUCCGUAAGAAGCAGCUGAGAUUUGCUAAGAGUUCUAUUCACGACUGGGGUCUCUUUGCACUGGAACCAAUCGCAGCUGAUGAGAUGGUAAUAGAAUAUUGUGGCCAAAUGGUACGACAGUCGGUCGCUGAUCUCAGGGAAAAGAAGUACGAAAACACAGGCAUUGGCAGCAGCUAUCUUUUCCGAGUCGAUGGUGAAACGAUUAUCGAUGCCACCAAGACUGGCAAUUUAGCCAGAUUCAUCAAUCAUAGUUGUAAUCCAAACUGCUAUGCGAAAAUUAUAUCCGUGGAGGGUUUGAAGAAGAUAGUGAUAUAUUCAAAGAGAGACAUUGAUGUGAAUGAAGAGAUAACCUAUGACUAUAAGUUCCCCAUUGAGGAUGAGAAGAUCCCUUGUCUUUGCAUGGCUCACGGGUGUCGUGGUACUCUCAAUUAAACAGUUCGCUCUUCAUCUUCAUCUGUGAAUAACCCAGUUCACUCUGUAUAUGUUGGUUGACAUAUUCACGCAGAUUUAAACAGAUUCUUAAGUGGUGUGUGAUAAAAUGGACUUCGUAUAGCAACAGUCAUCUCAUAGGUUCAACAGAUAUCUUUAGCUGGAUUUUGUCAUAGGAAAUGUUACAGUAUAUGUUGGUUUAUAUAUUCCUACAGAUUCAUUAGACAGAUUGUUAAUCUAUGUGUUGACAAAUUGACUUCACAUAACUGCAGUAUGCUUUGGUUGAUAUAUCCUAGAAUGGAUUCUUCAAACAGAAUCUGUGUGGUUAUUUUGCUUACCAUGCAUUUAUUGCUUUAUUUUGCUGAUUUAUUUCCAUGGAUUGCAAAGAAAAAUAUUAAUCUCUGUGUAACCAAUAGACUCCCAACAACAUAUAAUAAAUUUAAAAUGUUUAUUUGGGUAUUAAUUAAUAGAUUAUAUAAUUUUAAAUCUGCAGUUUGUGUUGGUGGAUCAGUUUUUAUAUACAUGUAUUCCAAUGACAGAAUCUUAAUCUGUGUAGCAUUCCUAACAGAUUCAACAUAUAAAAGUAUUAAUUAUUACAGUGGAUCAGUCCCAUUAUAAUUUCAGUCGAUCUUCUUUUUAAAUGUUAUAGUGCAUCAGUCCGGUUAAUCUAGACACAAAAUAUUUUUGGCAAUUUGGUAAAUUUUUAUUUAUAAUGUUUUGGUCAUAUUCAAUUUGUUUUAACCUGAGGCUUGUUGAAUAUGCUGAUAAUUAAAUUAGCGUUUUUGGUAAAUUUGUUAUGCAAUGUAUAUUUAUCAGAUUUAAAUUCGGUUCUUAUUUCAUGAUUUGCCAAAUGACUCCACAUCAUUUAAAUUUGUUUUAACUAAACAGUGCGGUGUACUUUAAUCCACAAGUAUUAAUAAUGUCUUUUAAUAUUACUGUGCCUUGUAACUAAAUGUUUUUGAGAGUGUAAAGUAGGCAUUCGGCUUUCACAGAAACAAUAAUUUCCGGUAGUGUUAGCAAAAUGACACAACCAGUCUUUUACCUAUUGUCAUAAUUGUCAAAAACAUGGGUCUGAUUUUUGAUUUAUUGAAAACAAAGUUGUUAAAUAUAAAAAUAAAUUUAAUAAAUUAGUUUAACCUACUGUAAAGGAUAUUGUAAAUGGCAUUAUAAGAACACUAGGGUUUGUGUGCUAUUAAUGUUGCCUGUUUAUAAUAACUAUCUUCUUUAUCCCCCUGGUCCUCCCUCCCUCUGUUUCUCUGUCUGUCUGUGUGUGUGUCUCUCUCUCUCUCUCUCUCUCUCUCUCUCUCUCUCUCUCUCUCUCUCUCUCUCUCUCUCUCUCUCUCUCUCUCUCUGUGUGUGUGUGACAUUCACAUUAUGGGAUAAUAUUGCCAUUGCUUUAGAAAAAGAAUCGGCUGUUGGUGCGUAUAUGAAUUCAGCAAAGAAAAAAUCACUGCCUAUUAUUUUAAAUAUAGAUAUAUUUAGUCAGUAUAUGUCUGAUGCUGCAUUUGAGUGUGCACAUGAUUACCAUUUCGACAACUUCAAUCUUAAAAAUAACACCUGAAAUGCUCUGAAGCUUGAAUUUCCAACUGUAAAAUCAGAAGGAAAAAGUUAAUCUAGUCACUUUCAUCUUUUGAAUUUAGAAACAAAAUGGUGAUGAAAUGUUUUCUGAACUCCAAUUGGUGAUUAAAAUAAAGGAUAUAUAUCUUAAAUGUUCGAUCGAAGAUGAUCGAUCGGUGCAAAAAUGGUGGGAGACUAUUUUAAUACUUUUUGGGAAAAUGAGGUAAUAUAUAAUUUAACAAAAUUUCAAACAUUUGAGUUAAUAAAACAGAUUAUAGAAUUUUAUUGGAGGUGUAGCAAGAUUGCAUUUCAAUUUAAAAAAAAGAUACCUUUUUUUUUAAUGAAAGUAGCUAAAUUUGUAAAGUAGCUAAAUUUGUAAAGAUACAUUGUUGAUUAUUAUGUUAUGGGAAUUGGAACAUAUUUUCUUACAAGUGCACUUGAAUGCAAACCAGUUGUAAGUAGGAGUUUACAACUCAGAAAUAUUUGUGACAGUGACAUCACUUAUUAAUAGAAAGCAUGAAUAGAAAUAUAGUGAAUGACAAAAGAAAUGCAAAUAUAAUUUGUAGUUGUAACAUUAAAUUUAGUUUAAGAAAGGAUUAACACACACUGAAAUACAGGAGAAUUACAGCUUGGAUCAUUUCAGAGAAUUGACCAUUUGUAACACAGUAAACCUAUUGUAAUUACAAAUUAAGCAAAACCCUGAUUGGCAUAAAUUUGUUUUGGUGUUUAAUAUAUAUAAUGUAUAUUUGGUAACCUAAUAAAUGGUGGUGAGGGGCUGAAAGGUUUAAAAUGUGCUCUCGUUUCAGUUAAUAUCACAGUUACUGUUAUGAUGUAUUCUUGAAUACCCUCAUUAGGAGAAUCUUGUCAUAAAACCUUUGGUGUUCUUCAGAUUAAAUAAUGCGCACAUAAUGUAUAUGUGAUUAUUGUAAUUCUUCAGUCUUGAUAUGAUAAUUCAGAAUCUGCUUUGGGAUAUCCGUUAAACAACUGCUGCUUUUUGACAUAAUAAAUGUUACAUCCAUGAAUAGUAGUCCAUGCCAUGUUUCACAUUUAAUUGUACGGUGUAAUAGUUUUUAUUGUUUGCUUUGGUGAUUGCUUCCUUGCCUAGGUUCAUGUUCCGUGUUUUGGUUUGCCUGGACUAAGGAUGAACAUAUUUUGUUUUUCGAGGUUUGGUUGGGGUGUUUUUUUCACAAGUCCAGAAACUUUUCUGCAAUUUUUAAAAAUCUUUUUGCAGUCAUCUGUAUGUUAUGUAAUGGUAUUAUAGAAGUGAUGUUGGUAUUGUACAGAGCAUUGAUUAUGAUUUACUAUAUUUCUUUGUUUAGAAUGAAGUUAACUGAAAGGUAUUUUUAAUUCAAAAAUAUAUAUGUAUAGGUCUUUAAAACAAAGUGAUGUCUUCUUAAUUUAGAUGUUUAAUUAAUUUCUGGCACGCUAAUGUAAAUUUUAGUAGAUGAAUUACAAUGAAUGAUAAAAGAAAUUAGUUCAGAAAUAUAUUUUUACAUUGCAAUAUUUUGAUACAAUAAUAGACAAAUCUUCAUAUUUUAUUUAGUACCAUAACUGUGAUGUCAAGACAAGGUCAUGGUUAUUUGGAACUAUUCUGGUUUUCCAAUUGCUUUUUAAUUUGCAGUGGUGUCGUUAAACAAAACAAACUUUUUUUCCUUUUUUUUUUUUAUUUGUAAUUAUUUUAAAGAUUGCUUUCAUAUUUGGUAUGAGUGUUUAGCACCUUUAGUGAGUAUUUCAACAGCACAUCUCUUGAGCCAAUGCAAAUGACUCAGAUCUAGGUCAUUCUGAAGUGAGUUAUAAGCAUUUUAAGUGAGGCUUAUAAUUGCUUAUAGCUUUCAAAUCCUUUCAGGGAUUUUUUUAGUAUUUGGUAUACAAGUUCCCCAAGUAAUAUUUAAAAUGCACAUUUCUGUCUUCUAAAAAUGUGAUACCAGAGCAACAUAGAAUUUUGUUAAAAAAUAUAAUGAAACCUGUUUAAAACAGUUUUAAGCUACUAAGGGAAAUAUUGUAAUUUUGUAAUAUUCUCUAAAUAAAAUGGAAUAUAAUUUAAAACAAAUUAAAAUGAAGGAAUCGGGUGAUGGAAUAAUGCCCCUUACCUACUGUUUGCAAAACUGUCUAGCAGUUGCAUGGUUCAUUAUGUUUCACUCCUCAGCAUAUGGCAUGCAAGCCAUCGUCACUUUGCCAUUCUAAUGUAUCAUUUGAUGAUUUAAACAAGACGAGAGAGAAAUUGUGAACAGUGAACUAGAAUUGAUUGUUUACACAUGGAAUAUAUUACAACAAAGAAUUUAAAAUAAUAGCAUCCAUUUUUAUAGUUGUAAAAGCUACUGGAUUUACUCUGUGAUUUUCAUUUCCCCACCAGAUUUUGUUAUUUUUCUUUCAUAGUUUAUUUGGAGAAAAAACAUUAUUUCACGCAAUAUCACUUAAACUGUAUUCAAUUCUGAUGUUCCAUGAUUUGCAGUAUCUGAUUUGGAUUUACAAUUACAGUAUUUACAACAGUUAUAUGUAUCAAUACAUAUAAUUCUUCAAUGUGUACAUACUGUAAGUAUUAAGUCUUAAAAAGUGUAUCUAUACGUACAUCAAAGUGCUGUUCAUAAAAGAUCAUGAUAUAUAACUUGUACAUACAGUUGUACAUUUUUUUUUUUACAAUGUACAGAAACAUUGUUAGUUGAUGAAACAGAUGCAUUUUACUAAUAUUCUUAUGGUAGCUUACGUUUUUUCAUAUACAUGUUUUAACUGAAAAUUUUGUAUAUAAAUAAAUUGUGGUCAUCGUGUAAAAACAUCUGCAAUUCUGUAUGUUACACAUACAGCCAUGUUGUUAUUCUGCAGAUGUCCACCAUUAUUAUCAUGCUUGCAUCAUGGUUGUAUUGUUUGCUGUAAAAUAUUUUCAUUAACAAAAUUACAUGAAGAUAAGAUGAUAA